UGUGGUAACACUGACUCGAUUAUACAUACAGAAAAUUUUUUCACGAAUUUUUGCAGGGAGAAAUGGUGUACUUUACGCAAACAAAUUUAAUAAAAGCGAAAUUGUAAAUAUUCUUUAUAUUUAUUACGCACUUAUUAAAAAAAGUGGAUGUGCAUAUUGACCUAGCGUGUGUUGUGUCGAGCGAAUCGAGCGUGUAAAGAAAAGUGACUUCGAAUUCUGGUUCUGACUGUGUGUGAAUCUUGUGAGAGAGCGAGCGUAUAAAGGAAAUAUACAUACAACAUAAAAUAUUACGUGUGUGAGCUGUUAAAGAAAAACAUACAUACAUUUAUUGAAGGCAUUACAUCUGUAGUGUUACAACUAACCCCUUAUUAAUAGUAAUUUGGAUAAAAGAACCAAAUGGACUUCGUGCAAGUAUCAGAGGAGGAGGGUGAUGAGCCCAUCGAACUUCCAGCGGAAGAGGAUGGUACUUUGCUAUUGUCUACACUUCAAGCACAGUUUCCUGGCUCUUGUGGACUGAAAUACAGGAAUAUAGAUACACAAGCUGUUCGUGGUGUACGCUCAAAUGAGGGACGCCUGUUUCCACCGAGUGCUGAAUCGGGUUGGGGCGAAGAUAUCUAUUUUUGUGUGUUUCCAAAAGGUAUACCAAAUUUCAGAAGCUCUGAUGCGACAGAGAUCAUCGAUAGUGCAGCUUACCGACCCAUAUUGCCUCCCGUAGAGAACAAACGAAAAAGCGAUGAUAACUUGGAAAAUUCAACGGCAAAAACAAAACGCAUUGAAACCCGAUUACGAUGCACCGAUCUUAUUGUGUUGGGCCUUGCAUGGAAAACAACCGAAGACAGUUUACGAGAGUAUUUUGAGACUUAUGGCGAAGUGCUUAUGGCGCAGAUUAAAAAAGAUGUCAAGUCCGGGCAGUCGAAGGGCUUUGGAUUCGUACGUUUCGGCUCAUAUGAAGCACAGAUGAGAGUACUCUCCAAUCGGCAUCUCAUCGAUGGUCGAUGGUGUGAAGUGAAAGUUCCCAAUUCAAAGGGCAUGGGUCAUCAAGUGCCGUGCAAGGUAUUUGUUGGUCGUUGCACCGAGGAUAUAAACUCGGAUGAUCUGAGGGAUUACUUUUCAAAAUUUGGCGAGGUCACAGAUGUGUUUAUUCCUCGCCCGUUUCGAGCGUUCAGCUUUGUCACAUUUCUCGAUCCAGACGUUGCUCAAUCUCUCUGCGGAGAGGAUCAUAUAAUAAAAGGCGUAUCGGUUCACGUAUCAAAUGCUGCGCCCAAAGCCGAGCAGAACCGAAGCCAUCAAGGACAAAAUUACAGUUACAAUGCGGGCAACAAUUUCGGCAUGCAUUCGUACCAUCAGGGGAAUCACAUGAACUCUGGGCGAAGCGGACACCACAGAGGUAAUAACCAACAACACAAUGCACAUGGAAGUGAUAACACUGCAAUCGGCAAUAGUCACAGCAACAUUGGCAGUGGUGGCUACGGAAUGGGUGGCAAUAAUUUUGGCGCAAAUAUGGGCGGCGGGGGUUACGCGAACAGUAGCAAUCACAAUAGUGGCGGGAACAUGAACCAUCGCCAAGACGGUGUUAUACCCUAUAAUAAUAAUAGGCAGAACAAUUUUCACGGCAUGAAUCAGCCGCACAAUGGCAACGUAGGCAAUGGCGGUUGGAUGAACAGGGGACAUUUGGACAUGCCGAACCUACAGGCGUUAGGCAUAAAUUCGCAAGGAUCCAACUCAUCAAAUCAAGGGCAAAACAUGAACAACCCUUUAGGCGUCGGACUUAAUUUAAACUCAUUGCCGAUGAACCCUGCUUUGGUUGCUGCUGCGUUGAAUCAGUGGAGCCUUUUGGGCAAUCAGCUGCAAAAUCAAAACCAGGACCAGCAGGGAGGCAAUUUUUUAUCGUGGAUGGCUCAAAACAGCGGGCAUUCCAACUGUAACAUGAACAACUCGGGACGAAAUAAAGGUUCAAAUAAUCAAAACUCCAGUGGAAUGAAUAAAGGCGAUAACUCUUCAAAUGAUCAGCAGAAUGGCUGUCCACCUGGAAACUCUUGGUCAAAUCAAAGCAGUGGCUCCCAAAAUUCUGUGGACAAAUCAAAUUUUCUUUAAAUGAUUUAAUUGAAAACAAUAAUUACCAUUUUGGUACUAAUGAAUCUUUUUUGAUUCAACUGAAAUAUUUGUAGCUAUUCCUACCUUCUUAUGUGUAUAUAAAAUAAAUACAAAUAUGUCAAAAUAAUCGCAAAAA